AUGGGCAGUGGAAAAUGUGACAUUCGGUUGCUUUCUGACAGCUUGGGCAGUGGAGCUCUGACCUUGAUCGGUUUGGCCUCUGGAUCUUGCUCUCAAGGUGAGGCAAGUACUUCUAUGAUCACAAAGGAUUUGGCCGUUGUUGAUUGUUCUCUCGGUGACGCAAACAACUCCUUAGUCUACAAAAGCAUACUUAUCUCCUUUUGGAUCAGGCUUGAUCCUUUCAAAACACAAGCACAAAGUAAGCAAGCUUCCUUCGUUUGCUCCCUCAGUGAGGCAAGCCUUCUCUUGAUUCGAAGAGUUCGUUCUCUUUGA